ACUACUUCAGCCGUCUUUUCUCCUCACUCCAAUCUCCUUCUCUUCUCUACCAUGGAUGUCGACGUCAAUAACGUUAAAAUUGAAGCAGAUUACUGUCCAGAAGCGGUGCUAAACUGGUUGCAUUGCUCUGGAAAGAAAAGAGGAGCUUCCGAUUUAUCCUUGAAAGCCAAGAAACACCUUCUGGCUAUCGGAUGGGUUAUUUGGUACGCGGCGAAGGCGGAGAAUAUACGCGAGUUACGCUAUAAGUCGCCGGCGGGGAAGGUUUAUUACUCUCUAGUAACAGCCUGCAAAGCCUGUAUCAGCGAUGUCGACGGAGGGUCUCGAGCCCUGGCCGUUUCUUCUUCUAAUGAUCCCAGACCACCCGAAAGCUCUGUUUCAUCCAACACAUUACAGGGAAAUUGCGAUUCUUGCGUUGGGACUGAAAGAAAAAGAAACUUUUUGAACUGCGAUUCUACCGAAGAUUUGAAGAAUGGCUUUCUUGACCAUCAAGAUUCUGAAUUAAACGAUUCGAAGAGAGCAAAGCCGAUCAGGAAGCCGAAGCGACCGCGUCAGAAUCCUAAACAAGAGAAAAAACUUGAAGUUCAAGAAUCAAACAAAAGAGUACGGCUAGAUUUGGUGUCAUCUCCCGCUAAUGGAAAUUCCAGAUUAAUGGUGCUGUCUUGGUUGAUUGAUAACGAGGUUGUGCCGCUUGGGGCUAAAGUGAAUUACCGUGGAAGAAUGGCAGAAGGGAAGGUGACUCGUGAAGGUAUCCAGUGCAAUUGCUGUGAAAAAAUGUUUACCCUCACAGGCUUUGAGUUUCAUGCUGGCAGCACAAACCACCGACCGGCUGCUAACAUUCUGUUGGAAGACGGAAGGUCUUUGAGAGAUUGCAAAGCUCAAGCUCACCGUAUCAAAAGUCAGAAAUCAAGCACCCAAGAAAAGAAAACCAGAAAUUCGAAUAUUGAUGUUGAAGUCCAGAGCAAUAAUGUGAACCAAGAUAUGAAUGAUCAUAUUUGCUCUGUUUGUCUGUUCGGGGGGGAAUUGGUUCUGUGUGAUGGUUGCCCUUCUUCAUUCCACAUGACCUGCAUCGGCUUGGAGAGUUUUCCUGAUGGGGACUGGUUUUGUCCUUCGUGUUGUUGUGGAGUUUGCAAAGAGAGCAUUUCUGGACAAUGUGGUAUCCUCAGAUGUGAUCAAUGUCAACAGAAAUGUCAUAUUAGCUGCCUACAGAGCAAUCUCGACAACUGGUUUUGCAGCACUCAGUGCCAACGUGUGUUCUCUAACAUUCAUGAUGUUUUAGGAAAAUCAGUUGAUGUGGGAGAGAAAAACUUGACGUGGACAUUGCUCAAAUCCAUGGAAUCUGACAAACCUUGCUUUGAUCCUAAAAACAUCAAGGGAUUUACAAAGAACCAAACCAAGCUUCACCGUGCUCUCGAUGUGAUGCACGAGUGUUUUGAUCCAUCAAAAGAUGCUUACACAGGGAGAGAUAUAGUGGAGGAUGUGAUUUUCAGUAGAGGGUCAGAGUUGAGCAGAUUGAACUUCGAAGGCUUCUGUGUAGUGGUGCUUGAAAAGAAAUUAAAGGUGGUUUCCGUGGGCGCUGUAAGAAUACACAGAGAUGUGGCAGAAAUACCUCUUGUUGCCACCCGGUUCAAGAACCGGAGACACGGGAUGUGCCGCAUUCUUAUGAAUGAGCUCGAGAAGCAGCUAUUGGCAAUAGGAGUACAAAGGCUAGUUUUGCCUGCUACUCCUACUGUCGUAGAUACAUGGAUCAAUUCCUUUGGGUUUUCGAGGAUGACAGAUAGUGAGAGAGGAGAAUUUCAGAACCACACGUUCUUGGAUUUUCAGGGCACUGUAAUGUGCCAUAAGUUCUUGAAAAAUACCAAUUCGCCGAACCCAACAGAGAAAUCAAGUCUAACGGAAGAAACUGGAAAACAAGUAGAUGAUAUAGGAGAUGAGUUUGAUUGGCGCAGUUUCUUGAAUGACUUGUAAAUUUACUCUCUUAAUAAACCUGCAUUCUUGAGGCCAAACGGUCAAUGUACCUAUCUGGGUGUCAUAAACAUCC